GUAAGUUGCCACGGCAGCAGCACCACAUCAGCAACCAGUCACACAGCAACAGGUCACGUCAGUGCAUGGUGCUCACCCGCUCAAAGACAAGCGGAAUGGAUCAGCAGCAAGGCGAGACUACCGAGGCCUAUGAGGCCCGCAUGCUGGACAUGGUAGCAGAGUUCAAGCAACGGGCGGCUGCGGCAACAUCCACACGUACGAAGGAAGAUGAGGAAGCAGAGGAACAGCGUCGCCUCGCUGGACAGCAGCGACAGGCAGACGCUGAGGCAGCAGCAACGGCCGCAGACGAACACCGUCGACUAUGCCGAGACAAACUCCUUGUAUGCGAGGGGGAUAUCGAGGUGAUCGCCGGCGAAUGGGCAGUGGCUGCUGAAGAGGAGGGUGCCCCCUCUGCUGUGCGUGGCCUUGCAACCACAAUCGAACAUGUGAGCGACUUGGUCGCCACCUGUGCAGCACAGCAAGAGGACAUCCUCUGCAUGGACACCCUGGUCCGGAAGCAGAUUUGCGUUAUUGAUGAACUGCUUGACUGGGUACGUCGGCUGGAACAGCAGCUUGCAACACCCACCCCCGCCGGACCCUCCAACUUGGCGGAUCCCAUCAACGUCUUGGAGAUCGACGUGGAGACUCUCAAGGACGGCACCAUAACGACGAAUCAGCGGAUUGACCAGCAGAUUUGCGCUGCCGCAACCAGUCCUACGGCGACCACUCGCGAGAGCAUUCCCAAGUUUGACGGCCUCCCGAUCUUCGGCGAUGCAACGAAGACGGACCCGAUCCCAUGGUGGCGCCAGUUUGAGCUGAAGUUGGACAUUCACCACGUCAUCAACCCGAGCCGGCAUGCAUACUUAUACUCCCGCUCGGGAGGCGCGUGCCAGGCAUGGCUGGACAACAUGUUGUCCACGCACAACGUCGCAGUCUCCGAGCUGCGUACGAAGAUCAGCUGGGCUGAUCUCAAGGCAGCAUGGCAUAAGCGGUUCCAAGUGGAGCCGCCCGAGCUUCAGGCAGCCGAGAAACUUCAACGGUUCUAUCAGAACGACCUGCCAAGCACGGACUGGAUCACCGAGUACCAACGCUUGGCAUCCACGCCUAACUUGCCUUCGACAUUCGUCGCUAUCAAGCACUUCUUCAUCAGGAGGAGCUGCCCGGCGUUGCAGAAUGCCUUGACGCAAGUUACGGAGACGCUCACCAGAAGUGAGCAGCUUUUUGACAAAGCCUCACAGAUCAUCCUGACGAACAUCGAGGCCAAGAAUUUGGGCCAUUCGUCUGCUACAGGCCAGGGCAGAGGACAUCAUCGGCCGAAAGUGGUCGUGUUGGACUUGAAGUCGGGCUACCAUCAAAUCUCGAUACGCCCGCAAGAUUGCUACAAAUCCGCGUUCAAGACGUGGUAUGGACACUUUGAGUGGAUCGUUAUGCCGUUUGGCCUCACCAAUGCCCCGACGACCUUUCAAGCGACAAUGACCAACGAGUUUCGUGCGAUGCUGGACCGGUUUGUACUAGUCUACUUAGACGACAUCCUCGUCUAUAGCCAGACAUUGGAGGAUCAUCUUGAGCACCUUCGACGAGCGUUGGAGACGCUCCGCCGCGCCAAGUACAAAGCCAACCGCGACAAGUUCGAAUUUGUCCGGCAAGAGCUGGAAUACUUGGGCCAUUUUGUCACACCGGAGGGCAUCAGUCCGUUGUCGGAUAAGAUUCAAGCCAUCCAAGAGUGGCAGGAGCCGAAGACCGUCACAAAUGUUCGUUCCUUCCUUGGCUUAGCCGGCUACUAUCAACGCUUCAUCAAGGGAUACUCGAAGAUCGCGGCUCCUUUAUCCAAGCUUCAAUGUGAGGACCGGCCAUUCGACUUCGACGACCAUGCACAAACUUCAUUUUUGGCUCUCAAAGCCGCAUUGCUAUCCGCGGAGGUGUUGCGUAUCUACGAUCCGCUUUUGCCGACACGUGUCACUACCGAUGCGUCCGGCUAUGGCAUUGGUGCCGUCCUCGAGCAACAUGACGGUGUGGACUGGCACCCGAUCGAGUACUUUAGCAAGAAAGUGUCCGCCGUGCACUCGAUUGACGACACAUGGAAGAAGGAAUUAUUGGCCUUCGUACACGCGCUCAAGCGCUGGCGGCAUUUUCUUCUCGGUCGACGACAGUUCCGAUGGGUAACGAAUAACAAUCCAUUGGUCUUCUACAAGACCCAAGACACGGUCAAUAGCACCAUUGCCCGUUGGAUGGCCUUCAUCGACCAGUUUGACUUUUUCCCCGACCACAUUCCGGGCAAGUCAAACCGCUUUGUGGAUGCUCUUUCGCGGCGUCUGGACCAUUGUACCGUAGUCUACUCAACUUUUGAGAUUGACAAUGACCUGCGAAACAGCUUCAUCCGCGGCUACCAAGCCGACCCCGAGUUUCGCGACAAGUACGUGAAUUGCUCCUCUCCUAAUCCGACGCCUUCUCACUACCGGAUCCAAGAGGGGUACUUGCUUCUCUACACGGAAGCGAUUACCAUGGACAUUACCGGCCCGUUCCCCAAGCACAAGACCAGAGUGGAUGGGAUUCUCACGGUGGUCGACCGACUCACAAAGUUCGCCAUGUUUUUGCCUUGUCGCUAUCAUGCCAAGGCACCGGAGUUGGCCGAGGUUCUUUACGCUGGUUGGAUUCGAACCAAGGGUUACCCCAAGGAGAUCGUCGACGACCGCGAUACCUGGUUCAUGUCCGAUUUUUGGUUGGCGCUCAUCAAGCGAUGGGGCUCAUCUCUCAAGCCCAGUUCAGCUCGCCACCCUCAGACCAGUGGCCAAAUGGAGAGGGCGCACCAGACCGCACAGGUUCUCCUUCGCACUCUCAUUCGUCCGGACCAGAAGGACUGGGUUGAGCGGCUGCCGGAUGUCGAGUUGGCCUACAACUCUUCCAUCCGCCCAGCUAUUGGGAUAUCGCCUUUCGAGUUCGAGCACGCCUCGCCGGUCACUUCAUCGUGGGACACUAUUACUCCACGAACGGCCGAGAGCGACGACCAUCUUCUUUUCUUGCGUCGGAUGCAAGAGCUUCUUGUCAAGGCACGCGAACAAAUGGCCAAGACGCAGCAGCGCAUGAGCCAGCAGGCCAAUCGCCAGCGUCUUCCUUGCCCAUUCCGCGCCGGCGACCUCGUGUGGGUUUCCGCAGCGGAAUUCAGCCUUGAACAAGACAUCUCUUGCAAGCUCCUCCCGAAAUGGAUGGGGCUUUGGCCGAUCAUGGCACCCGCUGGGGACGCACCUGAGGGACCUUCCUUCACGAUUCAGGUACCCGGCCACUUGCUCGUCUACCCAGUCUUUCAUUGCUCCAAGUUGGCUCUUUACACGCCAGCGGAACAUGACGAUUUUCCCGGGAGACGUUCGGAAGACCCACCCUCCAUGGAUGGUUUUCAGGAGGUCGGCGACAUCAUCUCCCAACGACGCUACGACAACAGACCAACCGAGUACUUGGUACAUUUUGCAUACUGCACACAUCGAGCGGACCGUUGGUUGACCCAUGCGGAACUUCAAGCAACAGCUCCACACGUUCUCGCACGCUACAAACGCAACGCAAGAUGCAAGGCAAGCCGGUCUCUUCGGCUCCACGCCGUGCCCGCGUCCAGUUUCCACCUUCAGAUCGUCAGCUUCGCCCUCGCCCCGGCUUGACUUCAUAAGGAGGGGGGGGUGUUACAUGCUGCGCCUGCAC